AUGCAUUUGCUUCGCCUCGUCCGCACGGCACGGCCCGCUUUCGCCUAUGGACAACAAGUCGCGGCUCUUUCGACCAAGGCUCCCGAAAUGAUCACUGUCGAAAAGACUGGCAAGGAGAACCGCGUGCAGUUGAUCAAAUUGAACCGACCGAAGCGUCUGAAUGCUCUGUGCGGGCAACUGAUGUCCGAGUUGAGCGAUGCCUUGCGCGCAAGUGAUGACGAUGAUUCGAUCGGUGCUAUUGUGAUUACGGGCAGCGACCGCGCUUUUGCCGCCGGCGCUGACAUUAUUGAGAUGGUGAAUAAGGAAUUUGCGUCGACGUAUCAAGGACGAUUUUUGGAAAAUUGGACUGCCGUGACGGAGACAAGGAAGCCUGUCAUUGCCGCGGUUAAUGGAUUCGCGCUUGGUGGUGGCUGUGAAUUGGCAAUGAUGUGCGAUAUUAUCUACGCUGGUGAUAAGGCGGCAUUUGGGCAGCCCGAAAUCAAACUUGGAACGAUUGCUGGAGCCGGUGGAACACAGCGGUUGACGCGCGCCGCCGGCAAGUCGCUGGCUAUGGAGAUGAAUCUGGGAGGCGAUCCGAUCAACGCUGAAGACGCUCUCAAGUCCGGACUGGUCUCGAAGGUUUAUCCAGCUGAUCAAGUUGUUGGAAAGGCCGUUGAACUUGCGGACAAGAUUGCUUCUCAUUCUCCACUCAUCGUCGCUAUGUGCAAGGAAGCGGUCAACUCCGCCUAUGAGAUGACUCUUCGUGAAGGGCUUCACUUCGAGCGUCGUCUCUUCCACACCACGUUUGCUACAAAUGAUCGGAAGGAAGGGAUGACGGCCUUUGCGGACAAGCGGAAGGCCAAGUGGACGUCUUCC